UGGAGAUGCAUCUCGCGAACCAGACUUCUUGCGACAAGGACACAUUGUCUUGAGGCCAAGAAGCUGUCCAAUUGAAGCCGCAAUACAGGCUAAAGACAGCUGUCGUGGAGAAUUCACGCCCACUCUUGAUCGGCUCCACCAGAGCUUGUGGAUGAAUGAGAUGUGGUAGAAGAGAGCAGACAACCUCACGAUUGUCCACUUUCCUGCCCUCGGUAGGUCUUGCGACUAUUGAAUCAAUACCACUCACUGCACAACACCAGAACAGAACAGCCGCUCAAGAUGGCCGCAUCUCGAUCUUCAGAUGCAUUUAAGUUCCUGUCUCAAGGCGGCCUUAUCCAGGAAUUCAAUGUCGGCGGCCGCAACAUCGUGCUUGGCUUCGAGUCGCCAGAGCCAUACAAACACCGAUCUAGCCAAUUCUUCGGCGAGAACAUUGGGCGAGUCGCAAACCGCAUCUCGGGCGCAAAGUUCAGCUUGAAUGGCAAGAGCUAUGAUGUGGCUGCAAAUGACGGCGUGAAUGCUCUACAUGGUGGCCAAGAAGGUUGGGGCAAAAAGACCUUCGAUGGGCCUCACAACGUAUCACGCAAUGGCCGUGAUGCGUUGGAGUGGAAGUACGUGAGCAAAGACGGCGAAGAGGGGUACCCAGGCACAGUCGAGCUUCGCAUGUGGUAUUACCCCACUGUUGAGAAGGAUGAUGGCAAGGAAAAGACCAGCCUUGAAAUUGAGUAUGAGGUCGAAUUGAUUGGCGACGAGGUCGAAGAGACUGUUGUCAGUUUGACUAAUCACAGCUACUUCAACAUAUCAGAUGGACCCACAUACGAAGGCACGCGGGUAGUGACUCAAACCAACCUGCACCUCCCUGUCGACGCAGGCUCCAUUCCCACAGGCGCCAUCGAACCAUACCCAGAGUUCGAAGCCAACAAGGAAUUCAUCUUGGGCGCCUCAAAGCCCGACCCAGAUCACUGCUUCAUCAUGAAUCCUGAUCCUUCGAGCAUACCACUUGAUACGCGCAAGGAACCAAUGAAGAAGCUCAUCGAGCUCAGCCACCCCAACACCAAGAUCCACUUUGAAGCACUCAGCACCGAGCCCGCGUUCCAAUUCUACGCAGGCAGCAAAAUUCAAGCUCCUCCUGCGAAGGAAGGCCUCCCGCCUCGUGGGCCUAGAAGUGGUCUCUGCAUCGAAGCGAGCAGAUAUGUCAACGCCAUCAAUCAGGAGGAGUGGCGCCAGCAAGUCGUUUUAAAGAAGGGUCAGCUCUGGGGCAGCCGAACGAUCUACAGAGCAUGGGUAGAGUAAGAUUUUCGUUUCUUCUCAUCACCAGGUGCAUACUGCAUUGCAUAUACGCCCUGCAAACAAGACUCUUCUGCUUUUCGCCACUGCGCGUGCUGCAUGUGGUAUGCGAACGCGAGCGCACCUUCACCACUUUUCUAC